UUGCCUCUUGCGUGAGCAGUGCUACAGAGAGCUGCUCUCGAACACGGAGGACAAUCCUAAUGGUGUCAGUGGAGAGGUUUUUGGCCUUCCAGUUGUCUGUGUGUCCUGUAGCAGACGAGUCACCUAUCUGUCAUGUGACUAGGGCGGCAGACUGCAUUUCCAGUUUCGUUGAAGCCUACGAACAGGCAUUGGAGCAAUCACUGAGCAACUGGAGCAGCAUUUGCAUGGAGACUGAGAGAGCCAUACAUUGUGUGGAAAAGAACAUGGAUGACUGUCCAGGGUUUGUGGCUGACCGACUUAGGACAAACCUACGUGAUGCUCUCAGCAAAAUCGCUCUCGUCUGUGACAGCAGUGAAAUUGGUGACCAUGAAGAUGAGUUUAAGACAAUUGAUAAGUGCUAUGAGGAAUUUGUUCACGUUAUAAUGCAAGUGUUUGGUGGUGAUCGAAAGGUGAAUGGAAAAACGUGUGAAAGAAAGGAUAAAACUGAGUCAAAGGAUAAAACUGAGCCAAAGGAUAAAACUGAGUCUAAGGACAAAACUCAUUCAAAGGAUAAAAUUGAGUCAAAGGAUAAAACUGAGCCAAAGGAUAAAACUGAGUCUAAGGACAAAACUCAUUCAAAGGAUAAAACUGAGCCAAAGGAUAAAACUCAUUCAAAGGAUAAAACUGAGUCUAAGGAUAAAACACAUUCAAAGGAUAAAACUGAGCCAAAGGAUAAAAACUCAUUCCAAGGAUAAAACAAAAAGCAAGGAUAAAAGCCUGGGCAAAGGAAAAACGGAAGAAAAAGAAAAAUCGAAAAAACAAAACUAAAAGAUCAGCCAGUGAGGACAAUUGGGAAGAAGAUUAUUCCAGGGAAAAUCCCUAUGAUAGCCAUGAGCACAUGGCCCUGGACAAAAGCAAGGAGAAGGGCAAUUCAAAGGGGGAUAAAUCUAGCGAGCAUUGUGAAGAUCCCAAGUUCCAGAAAGUAGACUGCUCUGAUGUUGAUGAUGCUCUGGGUUGUCUGGAGAGCAAGCUUGGUUCUCUCCCUGAAGCUCUGCAGGAACCGAUAUCAGAGGCUGCUGAAAUGCUGGCCACAUUCUCCAAAGGCCACUGUGAAGCUACCUCUGACCCUGAGCCCGCGGGUUGUGUCUUACAGAGAGUAACUAGGUGUGUCACUAAUUACAUCCACAAACUGCUCACCAUGGACCUUGAACAACGCACUUUCUGCAGCGAAUGUGACGAUGUACGGAAAUGUAUGAGCGAGGCGUCGGAGUACUGUUCUGAUGAGGUGAGGCAGGUGUACAGCACUGUGGUGGACAGACUGGAUGCGAUUCAUGACAUGUACUGUGGUGAGGUUGAGGCUUGUCAGCCCCAGACGGCCCUCAGGUGUGUCUUGACUCUGUCAUCACUCACCUGGUCUCUCCACCACAAUCAGGAGGCUGUCUGCAGUCAAGCUAACAUCACCGUGGAAUGUGUGCAGCGAUUUACAGCAAGUUGCUCUGACAGACAGAGGGAGGAGCUUGAUGACAUCUGGCUGUCACUCGACACAUCUUUGGCAGUCAUUGGCAGCUAUUGCCCAACCCUCCGUCGGCCUUACAACUGGGAUAAGUCUUGUAGUGGAGGCAUGUCCAUGGAUGAUGGCCGCUCGGCAACAUGUGACAGUGUUGGGGUGUCUCAGUGUGUAGCAGACAUGGGCAACAUCUUUGAGCAACGCUCUUUAGGCAAAAAAGUUCUUUGCAAUCAUGUGAUCCAAAUGAUGCGUUGUGUGAAGGGGAACAGUACGGGCUGUAGUUACGACGAGGAAAUGAGAUCUGCAGAAAUCUUGUCUGCUGAGCUGGAGAAGGUCAGGGAAGACUGUGGGGAUGUGCUGGGUGAAGAGUCCAGAGAAGAGGAGAGAUGUGCAGCAAUUCCACGACCCUGUCACAUGGAGCGUGCACUGGCGUGUGUGUCAAACUUCACCACAAUUGCGGGACCAGGAGCAGACUGGAGUGAGCACUGCCUGAGAGCAGAAAGCAUGCUGACCUGCUUCCGCAUGGAAAUGUCCGGCUGCUUGUCGUCUCAGAUGUUACUGGGACGCCACUUUCUACAAGAGGCGCUUGACUUGAUUGGCUCAAACUGUGACAGUGUUGAUCUUACCGAGUUCAUGGUAACCAAUCACAUAGCCCGACCGGACUCCACCUAUCUGCUUCUCCAUCGUUUUUCUAAGGCCGUCUCAGUUUUCCUCCGAGACGUUCGUUUGGAGACAGACGAGACAAGUUAUCUUUUCCUGCUGAACAAGCUGAAAGAGGUAGAAGCUGAGGCUCUAGAUGACCCUCCGUCCACUUUGGUGAAGGUUUUACUGAACAAACUCAGCAUGCUGAUGCGACCAUUGAACAUGGCCAUAACAAAACAUCUGGAGGAGAGCCGACAAGGGAGUUGCCCUGUCCUGGAUGAUGAUGUGGUGGGUGUCUGCGCAGAGCUGUGCACUACAGAUGCUGACUGCGAGGGACAUCAGUUGUGUUGCAGCAACAACUGCGGCCACUCCUGUCAAUACCCAUCAAAGCCUGUAUUUGGUGCCUGUCCCCACCCUGCUAUGCCAUCCAUGGUCCAGAAAGAGUGUGACAGAAACUGUACGUCGAAUGAAGACUGCUCGGAUGAAGAGCUCUGUUGUACCUCAGAGUGUGGACAGACCUGCCAGCAAGCUGUGGUAUCAGAGUUGAGAAAUGAAUCACUGCCAGAUUCUUGUGAUGUUGAAAGUGCUACAGAAUGUGUUCAGACAUUCCUGACAUCUAUUGUAAACAGCUUCUUCAUCCCACUGUCAUCGUUUGAUGAUUUGGUCUGCAGAGGAUUGACCACAUUGGAGGAAUGUACAAUGAAGAGCAUUCCAAGUUGUCCUAGUCGAAUCAGACGUCGGUUUAUCACUAUCACAGAUUGGGUUGCCAUGGCAACCAACACACUUUGUGUCUUCGGAACUGUUCCAAAGCCAGUCAUAGAAUCAUCAGUCUGCAUGCCGCAUGUCGCACAUCGCUGUAUUGAAAGUUUGAGGUCCAAACAUUUCCAUGCUAAAACGACAGAGGACCAGACUGCUGUUUGCGAACUGGUAGACUACAUCCUGGAGUGUGUUCAGAAAACUGGGAUGACUUGCACUGGGUCGGACCUCAGUGAUAUCCAGACAGCCUUGACCUUCACCCUCCGUCUCAUAGGCGACAACUGCGAAUACAAUCUGGCUGAUUUUUCCCUUGGCUCAUUCUUUGACCUUGCGUCAAACGUUUGCUCGGUGCGGGGUUUUUGGUCUUGUGAUUUUACGGCAACAAAUUUCUGCGGCAACAUUCAGCAGAAAUUUGGCUGCUAUUCUCAGAAUCUGGUGGGCUGUCCUCUGUGGCAGUCUGCAGGCUUCACACUUGACCUUCUCUCUGAAGGAGCAUUCCUGGAUGAGUGUGGUGUACAGUUAUCUUUGCCCUCUUUCCCCGAUGACCCCACAGGCCCGGCAUUCAAAUGCCUGAGGACAUUUUCUGAUAGCUUCACGGAGUCUAUUCAUCGUCCGGCACACGGCGUGAUUGACAUCUGUCGUCACAUUGAUGCGUUGACCUUGUGCACGUCUGAAGCUGUCAGAGCAGAUGGUUUCCCGCAUGAGGUCGGAAAAGCGCUCACGCACACAGUGAAAAUGCUCGUGGUGGCCUCUAGUGCUAGGUGUGAACAAGAAAAAAUGCAGAUCCCACUGGUGUGUCACAGUUGCCAUGGCGACGCUGAUCAGUCAUGUGAAGACACAGAAGUUUGUUCUAGUGACCAACGGUCCUGUAUCACUAUCAGAGACGAGGCUGCGGGCUCUGUCACACGGGGAUGUUUGGAAACGGAGGCCUGUCGUAACCGUUGUCAGGGACGACACGGCGUGGAUCGUCAGUGCUGGGAGUGCUGUGACACCCCGGGCUGUAAUAACCCUAACAAUGACACUAUGCCCGACACCGAUCGUCUUCCAGAGUCGUUUCUGCCAAAGUUGAUUUUACCUGAAGAAACCAGCUCUUGUCCUGUGUCCGUCUUUGCCAAGUGUGUGACGAGGUUUGUCACAUUGAUGUUGACAUCUGGGGUUUACUCACAGAGAGACAGGGGGAUCCAGUGUGGCAAACUAACAGAGGAGGCACUUCGUUCUUGUUCAGACUCCCUUAGUGAUUGCCCAGACGUUCUGAACAACCAAGUGCAGAUAACUCUGAGCUGGCUGUUACAAAUCCGCAGCAAACUGUGCUCUAGUCAUCCUGCUGAGUUCGAAUGUGAUGUGGAGGCAGCAUUUUCAUGUGUUCAGUCUCAUGCGUAUUCUGCUGUAGAGCAUUUGUUGGGCGAAGAGGAUGUUUGUCUACUGACAGAGACAUCCCUUGCUGACACGAUCCACUGUAUCAAAGAGAAGACAGCGAAAUGCUCUGGGUUUGUUAUGGCAGGAAAGUCUUUAGAGUCUGUCCUACAGGAAGUGCUUCUGUACACAAGUCAAGGCUGCUCGGUCCAUGUUCCUAAACCUGCCACGUGUGAAGAGGCAAAGGAACCAGGGGAUGAAAAGGGAGAAAACUCCAUGAGAGUGGUGGUAAGACAAAGGAGAGUGGUGGAAAGACAAAGGAGAGUAGUGGAAAGACAAAGGAGAGUGGAGAGUAGUGGAAAGACAAAGGAGAGUGGUGGAAAGACAAAGGAGAGUAGUGGUAAGACAAAGGAGAGUGGUGGAAAGACAAAGGAGAGUGGUGGUAAGACAAAGGAGAGUGGUGGAAAGACAAAAGAGAGUGGUGGAAAGACAAAGGAGAGUGGUGGAAAGACAAAGGAGAGUGGUGGUAAGACAAAGGAGAGUGGUGGAAAAACAAAGGAAGGAGGCAAGACAAAGGAGAGUGGUGGCAAAGCAAAGGAAGGAGGUAAGACAAAGGAGAGUGGUGGAAAAACAAAGGAGAGUGGUGGAAAAACAAAGGAAGGAGGUAAGACAAAGGAGAGUGGUGGAAAAACAAAGGAGAGUGGUGGAAACACAAAGGAAGGAGGUAAGACAAAGGAGAGUGGUGGAAAGACAAAAGAAGGUGGUAAAACAAAGGAGAGUGGUGGAAAGACAAAAGAGAGUGGUGGAAAGACAAAGGAGAGUAGUGGAAAGACAAAAGAGAGUGGUGGAAAAACAAAGGAGAGUGGUGGAAAAACAAAGGAAGGAGGUAAGACAAAGGAGAGCCACGGUGGUAAAUCGGGUGGAGGGAGCUCAGCGUGGACCCCAAAGGCCAGGUGUGGGUCCAGGAAGCCUGGAUAUGGGGAGAUUCCAGUGUUUGAUAAGUACAAGAAGCAUGUGAACUGCGAUCUGGAUACAGCUGCUGUAUGCCAUGAGAACCUGAAAUGGAUGGUUGGACAAGCAUGUCUGGGGACAAGGACUGGGAAAUGUAUGAUUCCGAAAUCGGUAACAUGUGUGCGCGACCACACUCGGAACUGCCUGUUUUCAGAGCGCCUCCUGGUGGACACUGCCCUCGUCAUGCAGCUAGGGAAAUCUGACGCUGCAUGUGCGAACGUAACCCUUGAGGAUCAGUGUGAGCCGGAGAAGCGGUGUAAUGUGAAGAAAGCUGUUUCUUGUGUACAUGAUCUGAAAGACCUGCUAGUUGAAGACGAUACUGAAUCCUUCACGGACACUGAUGUCCUUUGUAGGCAAGUCAUUGACACAAAGACCUGUGUGUACAAGCACAUGAAGGAGUGUGGGGAAUUAGAACAACUGUCAGUAGAUAAGGAACUUGGCUUGGUUUUGGAGCUUGUGUCUGAUCAGUGUGAUGACACAAUUGACCAGUGUCCAGCCCUGCUGACUGGUUUAGUGGACCAGAUUCUCUUGCUGGAUUUGAAGCCUGGAAGCAAAGAGAAAGAAAAUAGCAAGGAGAAAGGACCCAGCAAGGAGAAAGGACCCAGCAAAGAGAAAGGACCCAGCAAGGAGAAAGGUCCUAGCAAAGAGAAAGGACCUAGCAAGGAGAAGGGACCCAGCAAGGAGAAAGGACCUAGCAAGGAGAAGGGACCCAGCAAGGAGAAAGGACCUAGCAAAGAAAAAGGACCCAGCAAGGAGAAAGGACCUAGCAAAGAAAAAGGUCCUAGCAAAGAGAAAGGACCCAGAAAAAGGUCCUAG